AUGUUUGUUGACUGCGUGGACUGGUCAAGCAUCCUGGUACCUGACUCCGUCCAGAUCCAUCUCCACGGUCACGAUUUCGCCAUUGUUCACCAGGAGGACAACAAGGCAUGGGUCCCCAACGAUCCGAACAUCUUUCGACCCAACAAAAAGAACCCGCCGCGCCGCGACGCUGUGCUCCUCCCAAGUAACGGCUUCGCUGCCAUCGCCUUCAAAACUGACAAUCCUGGCGUGUGGCUGAUGCACUGCCACAUCGCCAACCACGCGUCCGCGGGACUGUCGCUGCAGAUUAUGGAGCGACAAGCCGCAGCGAACGUCAUCUGGCCGCCCGGGGACUCGUCAGCGUUGGACGCGGCGCACUCCCUCUGCGCCAGCUGA